CAGUUGCUUUAAAGGCCGUUACCGCUUCUUUUCAAACAGUGAGGCUGUGUUUCAUGGAUGAAAGCGAGAUGGGUAAUGAGCAGUUUCAAUUAUCACCUUUCCUCAUGUCCGUUAUCUUCUUUCUUGAGAAACAGAUGUCUGAGUUUGCGAAAUCUUUCUCUCUAUACGAGAGAUGUUGGCAUUGCCGUCAAUUAUGUGGAGACAAGCCGUCUUCUUUCCCUCUGUGGAAGAGAAAGACAUCUGGGUGUUGGGUCUUCUCUCCAUGCCUGCAUCAUUAAGCAUUCUGAACAUUUCAAUCUCAGGGAUCAGUUUAAUAUACGGAAUGUUCUUGUUGUUUGGAAUUCCCUCAUCUUUAUGUACUCAAAUUGCGGGGAAUUGUCCUACGCGGCCAAGGUGUUCGAUCGAAUGCCUAUCAAAGACACCAUUUCAUGGAAUUCACUGAUAUCAGGUUAUUUAAGGGUUGAAGAAUUCGAAACGGGAUUUGGUUUCUUUAAAAGAAUGCAUAGUUCGGGUAAUUUCCAAUUUGACCCUGCAACUCUGACUGCCGUUUUAUCUGCAUGUGAUAAAACGGAUCUUCUUUCUGUGAUUAAGUUGAUACAUUGUUUGGUAUUUUUAAAUGGGUAUGAGCAGGAAAUUCCGGUGGCAAAUGCUUUGAUUACUUCCUAUUUCAAAUGUGGAUGCGACAUCUCAGGGAGGAGAGUGUUUGAUGAAGUGUCUGAGAGGAAUAUCAUCACUUGGACGGCUGUGAUCUCAGGCCUUGCGCAAAGACAUUUUUAUGAGGAAAGUUUCAAUUUUUUCUUGAAGAUGCGGUCUGGAUCAGUAGUGCCUAAUUCUUUGACAUACUCAAGCUUGCUGUUGGCAUGCUCUGGUUUACGGGCUCUGAAAGAAGGGCGUCAGGUACACGGACUUGUCCUGAAAUCAGGAUUUCAGUCAGAUUUAUGCAUUGAAAGUGCACUAAUGGAUAUUUAUUCCAAGUGUAAUAGCGUGGAAGAUGCAUGCCAGAUUUUCGAGGCUGCUGAGGAGCUGGAUGAGGUUUCCAUGACUGUGAUUCUUGUGGGUCUUGUUCAAAAUGGAUUAGAAGAAGAAGCUGUCCAGUUCUUUGUAAAGAUGGUGACAAUGGGCAUUGAGAUUGACCCAAACAUGGUUUCUGCCAUUCUCGGGGUGUUUGGCAUGGAUACAUCUAUGGCUCUUGGCCAACAAAUUCACUCUUUGGUGAUAAAGAAAAACUUCGGGGUUAAUGCAUUUGUAAGCAAUGGGCUAAUUAACAUGUAUUCCAAGUGUGGGAAUUUGGAGGAGUCUGUUAAAGUCUUUCAUCAGAUGGUCCACAGAAAUUCAGUCUCAUGGAAUUCCAUGAUUGCAGCCUUUGCACGUCAUGGUCGUGGCUUUGAAGCACUUCAAUUGUAUGAAAAGAUGCAACUUGAAGGUGUGGAGCCAACGGAUGUUACAUUUCUAUCAUUACUUCAUGCCUGUAGUCAUAUUGGAUCAGUUGAAAGGGGCAUGGAGUUCUUGGAUUCAAUGACUAACAUUCAUGGAAUUAGUCCAAGGGUGGAGCAUUAUGCUUGUGUAGUUGACUUGUUGGGCCGGGCAGGAUGUUUGAAUGAAGCUAAGAGAUUCAUUGAGGGGCUGCAGGUGGAUCCUGGCGUGCUAGUCUGGCAGGCGUUGUUAGGUGCCUGUAGCAUACAUGGGGAUUCAACUAUUGGGAGAUAUGCAGCUGACAACUUGCUUUUGGCUGCACCUGAGAGCCCUACGGCUUAUGUUUUGAUGGCAAACAUAUACUCAUCUGAAGGGAAAUGGGAAGCGAGAGCAAAGGUUAUCAAGAGAAUGAAGGAGAUGAAGGUAAAGAAAGAGGCAGGGAUGAGUUGGAUUGAGCUUGAAAAGACGGUCCAUAGCUUUGUUGUAGGGGAUAGGACUCAUCCACAAAGUGAGAUUAUCUAUCAUGUUUUGAAAGAGUUGAUUAGGCUCAUGAGCGAUGAAGGAUAUGUGCUGGAUGAGAGGUUUUUGCAUUAUGAUUUAGAUCAAGAUUGCAAGGAAGUUUGUUGAAGCUAAUUAGGAGCAUGGUUUGGAAACUAAUGUUGGAAGCCCGAACUUAUUUCAGUAUUUCAUUAGAAACAGAAAUUUCAUAAAGGGAAUAGAAUAAGAAAGAAUUAAAGGUUUGCAAUACAA